GUCCAGUCCCCCGCCAUGCUGCGGCUGCUCAGCGCCUGCCCGCUGCUGCUGCUGCUGCUCGGGGCGCGCCCGGCCGCGGGCGAGGAGCCCUCGGGCGCCGCCUGCGGGCCCUGCCUGCCGGCGCUGUGCCCGGCGCUGCCCGUGCGGGGCUGCGCGCUGGGCCGGGCGCGGGACGCCUGCGGCUGCUGCUGGCUCUGCGCGCGCGGCGAGGGCGAGGCGUGCGGGGCGGGCGCGCGCUGCGCCGCGGGGCUGGAGUGCGCCCCCCCCCGCCCGGGCCGCGCCGGGCCGCCCGCCCUGUGCGUCUGCAAGAGCCGCUACCCGGUCUGCGGCAGCGACGGCGUCACCUACCCCAGCGCCUGCCGCCUGCGCGCCGCCGCCCUCCGCGCCCAGCGCCGCGGCCAGCGCGGGCCCAGCCAGCGCCGCAAGGGGGCCUGCGAGCAAGGGCCUUCCAUUGUGACUCCCCCUAAGGAAAUCUGGAAUGUCACUGGAGCAAAGAUUUACCUGAGUUGUGAAGUCAUGGGCAUUCCAACCCCAGUGCUCACUUGGAACAAGAUAAUAAGGGGACAAUAUGGUGUCCAGAGGCUGGAGCUCCUGCCUGGAGACCGCGACAACUUAGCUAUCCAGACCCGUGGUGGCCCUGAGAAACAUGAAGUGACUGGCUGGGUAUUGAUAUCUCCUUUGAGUAAAGAAGAUGCUGGAGAGUACGAGUGUCAUGCAUCAAACUCCAAAGGAGAGGCUACAGCCUCUGCACGAAUUACUGUUGUCAAUGCCUUACAUGAAAUACCCAUAACUAAAGAUGAUGGUGCAGAGCUGUGAUGUGAGGACUUUAUCACUUAUGCACAGUUUAAGUAUUAAGUAGUAUUUUGGAAAGCUGCAGCCACUGACUUCUAGGCUAGAGCCUGAUAAUCAGUUCCUUAUCUGACUCAUUCUUCCUUUUAGUAAUGUUUUGCUUACAUGCUUUUGGCAGACAUACAAAUAAAUGUAAUUCACAUUUGACUACAAA